AAUUGAUAAAAAUAAUUUGAACAGUCAACAUAUUUCACCUUCUUGGUGGUGAAACAGUACAUGUAGUAAAAUCUUUCAGGAAUUUUUUCGUAUAAAAAUUUAUACAGAAUAUAUUUCUAAAUUCGUUUAAGAAGUCCAAAACUGUGUGCCACUUUUUGUGCACAAUAAACAUAAAUAAUAUACAGUUUUUUGUAUGGGUGGAACUGUAGUACUACAGUCUGUCAACCCAAAUUUUCCUUUAAUAAAGCUACAGUUCUGCAGCUACAACAACAUGAGCAAGGGUAUAGAGUAACCACAACAAAGCAAACAAUACUGUAAAUUCCUAAUUAAACGUGAGGAAUCAAUAUCCAAAUAAAAUUGCGAGAAGCAUCCCUCGCGGAUUUUAAAAUCUUGCCAUUAUUUUCUGAGAGUUGAAAACUAUAGGAAAUAAGGAGAAAAGUUCAACGUUCGCAAUUUUAUAUUCUCGCGAUUUGAUACAAACCAGCUGGAUCACGAAAUUAAGUACUCACGUAAUAUAAGGAAUUUACAGUAAUUUCUCAAUAAACAAUGUAGUAGGAGUUAAAAAAUAAAAUUCAAACACAAUAUUUAAUUCGUCUGCAGCAUACUUGAGAGACUUAUAGUUAAAAAUGGAAGCCAUCUUCCCAACAUCCUUCAGAUAUGGUGGCCAAACAAAAUAACAAAUGAAGACCUUUGGAGAAGAACUAACCAAAUCCCUAUUCCACAAGAGAUUAAAAUGAGAAAAUGGAAAUGGAUUGGUCAUACCUUAAGGGAAGGCAGAUCUAACAUCACCUGUCAAGCCCUCCAAUGGACCCCACAAGUGAAGAGGAAAAGGGGAAAACCAAGACUAACCUGGAAAAGAGUCCUUGAAAAAGAAAUGGCCAAGAAAGGACACAGCUGGAACUCCAUCUACCAACUAGCAAAGGACAGAGCUCGAGAGAAGUGGAGAAGAAUUGUCUGUGGCCUAUGCUCCACAGGGGAAUGAGAAAGGCUUAAGUCAUGUAAAUCAUCUUCCAAAGGCAAGGGUUUCUGAUCUGCACCCCAUCUCACGUGGAUCAGAAACCCUUGACUUGGGAAGAAUUAGAAAGGAAGCCUAAAAUUUUGCUGAUUUCAUUUGGAAAAUGGAUAGCAUGCCACAGUUUGCAAAAAUUUAAUAAAGAAUAUUCAUCCUAUAUGUGUAUAAAACUUGAGCUUGGUUUAAAGUAUAAAAAAAUUUAGUAUCUAACCCAGUAUUUUAUUCAACAGUACCAGUCAUGUUUUUGCACUCUAUAUUUACAGGUAAUACUACACUUGGUACUACGGAGUGUUGAUUUUAUAUUCAAUCUAGUUUAAUUCAGAGCUGUUAACCUGCUCUGAUGCAAUAGAUUUUGCUGUGUUACUUGAUAAUGAUCAGGGAGAAAUAAUGACUGACCAGACACUGCUUCAACCUGUGCCCAAUAAAAAUCUCUAGUCAGGUGCUCUAGCUACCAAAUGAGCUUUCUGGCUGCAUUUUACAAAAGAACUUACAAAAGAGUCAUAAAUAUUUUCAGUCUCAAGGAAUGAUAUUUAAAGAACAAAACUUAGAGAGAACCAUAUUUAUACAACUACUCUGAUUUCCAUUAUAAUAUUUUACAGCCAUGAGAAUGAAACAUUCAUUGACUAGUUUGUUUUUAAUUACUAAAUUAUUCAUUAAUUUGCUAACAUUAUCGUAAGUUCUGUUGUAAAACAUAGCCUGGUGCCUAAAUCAAACUGAUCUAACCAUCACAUUCUUCCUUUUAAAUGAUGUUCACCCUUGAAGAUCACACAUCCAAAGUGUUUCCCCUGGCAGGGUUUAACAUGUCAGUUCCAGGGGUAACAGCUCCAAAUUUGCAAGAUGGGGGAAAAAAAUGAUGGGCCAAACCAAAAAUCAAACCUACGUCUCCUGAAUUCUUUAGUCAGGUGCUCUACUUAAUGAAAAUUUCUGAUACCAGUAAUCAAACCAGUCUGAUCAUCGCUUAAACCGCAAAGAUCGAGAAAAUGACUUCUUUGGUGGACGCCAUCAUAGAAAAAUAUGGCCCGGGGGAGGACGAGUCUUUUGAUUUCAUAGCUGUACCCAGGAGACGGUUGGAAUCGACUUCUAGUGAGAAUGAUGCCCUGAUACUACCAUCUGUCCUUGUUCUGGACAACAGCGGUAUAAGCUGCAUCGGGGACAAGACAAAACUGAAGGAGAUGUGUCAUAACACUACAGAACUAGAUCUCACCAAGAACCACCUCACGGACUGGGGGGAGGUCUUAUGUCUAAUAAAUGGUAUGCCAAAACUUCAGUUUUUGAAUUUAUGUACCAAUGCAUUAGAAAAUGACUCCUGGCCACAGGCCCCAAGUGUGGGUGCUUUCUCGCAGCUUGAGCACCUGAUUCUGAACAACACUGGAGUAUCAUGGGACGUCACACAUAACCUUCUAAAGCUUUGUCCCAUAGUGAAAGAGAUACAUUUAAGUUUGAAUGACCAUGAUGAUAUUUCAUUGCCCGAACCUUUCCAAAUUUACCCAACUGUAAAGAAAAUUCAUAUGUCUAAAAACAAGAUAAGAAACUGGUCUGAGUUGCACAAAGUGGGCAGACUCUUCCCAAACAUGGAGCACUUUGUCAACAUUGAGUCUGACUUGGAGAAUCUUAAGUCUAAUGCUGAGGAAGAAAACACAAUUUCAGAGACAUUCUCCAAUAUGAAAAGUCUAGCUCUUACCCAAACCAAAGUCCAGAGCUGGGAAGACUUGGAGGUACUCCGCCUCUGUCCAGUGCUGGGAGAUCUUAAGGUUUUGGGAAUUCCAUUUUUAGAGGAGAUAGAAGAGAAGUCAAGACGGCAACAGUUGAUUUCUAGAUUACCCAACAUUCAAUGUCUGAAUGGAACACCCAUCUCGGAUUGUGAGAGAGAGGACGCUGAGAGAGCCUUUAUAAGGCUUUACAUGGACAGCGAAUAUAAACCAUCCAGGUAUUUUGAGUUGGAGGCAUUGCAUGGAAAACUGGAUCCUUUGGCAACAGUUGACAUGGAUGUCUGCACUAAACUGGAUCUAGAGUUUCAUGUCCCAUUUCAAGGGAGAAAAGAAAGACUGGAAAUCAAUACACUGCAAACAGUCAGGGAGCUGAUGAAAACAAUCUCCAAAAUUGUUGGUUUACCAGCAUCAAAACUUAAAGUGUAUCGUAGAGUUAUUUUUGAAGGAGACCUACUAGAUACACAGCUCAUGUCAAUGUAUCCAAAGAAAAACCUGUGGUCUUAUAAUAUGACUCAUGAAGAUGUUAUUGUAUGUGAUCACAAAGAUAAUCCGUCAGUUGUAAAAGAUGCUAGAGUGAUAUUUUGCUAAGUUUUCUGCCGGUAGAUGAAUAGUCAUGAAUCUACAGACCAAUUAGCCUCCCUGUAAUAUCUCCACUAAAUACUUAAGUGGUUUUUUUUAUUGUUUUUGAGAAAAAUCAAAUAUAGUUAUUUGGAAAUCCUAAAUAGUUGUACAUUUAGUGCAUGCGCGGAUCUAGAGGGGGGGUCGGGGGGGUCCCGACCCCCCCUGAAAAAUGAAAAUUUAUUAAAUUUACAUAGUAAAAUUAUCGCGAAAAUAUGCCUCGGACCCCCCCGGGCAAACACAAUUAUCCUUUGGACCCCCCCCCCUGGAAAAAUUUUCUGGAUCCGCGCAUGUAGUGCAAAUCAUUCGAUAACACAUGAAACUAUCUGACAUCUGUUUUCAGCAAUAUACUGUAUAUCUGGUUAUUAUUCCUUUAAUAUUUAUUUUCCAUUGAUGUUGUCGUCUUAAACUUUUCACAUUUUGAUCUUCUCAAAAACCACUGGGUCAAUUUCAAUCAAACUUGGCACAAAGCAUUAUUUGCUGAAGGGUUUUUCAGUUUAAUUGUUCAAAUGAAGGACCACGAUAUGAUUUAUAAUUAUUGAAAAAAUGUUGGUGUUUUUCAAAAAUCUUCUAAUUUAAAACCGUUGCCAUGCAGAAAAGCUGAAACUUGUGUUGAAGCAUCCUCCAGAAGUGUAGAAUCAAGUUUGUUCAAAUCAUGAUUCACGGGGGUAUAGGUCAAGGCCACAAUGAGAAGUCAAAUUUUUACAUAGGAAUAUAUAUUAACGAAAAAUAAAUGAAAUCUCAAAAAUCAAAUUGCGAGAAAAGCUGUAGCUUGUGUUGAAGCAUCAUCAGGAAGUGUAGAUUAAAGUUUGUUAAAAUUAUGAACCCCAGAGGUAGGGUGGGCUACAAUAGGAGGUCAAAUUUUUACAUAGAAAUGUAUAGAGAAAAAUUUUCUGGAAUACCAUUCAGCCAGAAAAGCUGAAACUUGUGUGAAAAUUUCUAAUUAUGAUUCCCCGCAGAAGUGUGUACAACACGGCACAAAUAUAUUGAAACAACAAAAGGGGCUUGAUAUUUCACAUUAAAAUAUGUGAAUAAAAGUCAAAAGAUUAAUUUUUUAAUUUUAAGCAAGAUAUAUACUGUACUUAAUUGUCAAGAUAUUUGAUUAUGAUACUAUAAUGCUGAUUUUAUCAGAGUUUUGGCUAUUGUUGCUCAGGUGAGGGUUGUUUUGUUAAAUUUGCUUACACAUUGCAAAAUAUAUAAUCAGCAGAAAUUAUAUUCAGUAUUGUUUACAUUGAAAUUCUGCUUAUUUGCAAGAAAAUGAGCUACGCAAUUUAAAAAAAGAUUACAUUUUCCGCCCAUUUUUGCAAAUCGUUUUAUGCGAAAAAAAAAACCCUAGAUAAACAAUUACAGUGUACAUGUAUGUCAUUUCCCAGUAAUAUACUUCUAACAGAUAAUAUCAUGCAUUAUUUAAAAAAGAGCUAUUGAAUAAAGGUGCUAUUUUUACA